AUGGAUCCCAUGAUAAUGCUCUUAAUUUCCUUUCUUGUCAUAUCUAUUUGUUCAAUCAGUUUAACCUUCCUCCGGAGAAGAAAAAUUACCACCACUCAGUCAGCCGCUGGUGGUAUCAAGCAACUCCCACCUGGGAGCUCUGGUUGGCCGUUCAUUGGUGAAACAAUUGAGUUCUAUAGAGCAGGUCUAGCUGGUGUUCCUGAGAAGUUUUUCUUUGAUAGGUUUCGAAAAUACUCAUCUCAAGUAUUUAAAACUUCAUUGCUUGGUGAAACUGUUAUCGUCAUUGGUGGUACUGCUUCUGGCAACAAGUUUUUGUUUUCGAAUGAAGGUAAACUCGUUAAUGCUUGGUAUCCCCCAUCUGUUCGUAAACUCAUACCGAUAAGUAGUCAUUUAUCGAACGAACAAGACUAUCUCAAGGCAGCUCGUAAGGCAUAUCCUAAAUUUCUUAGCCAGGAAGCGGUGAAAAGCUACAUUGGUAUCAUGGAUUCGAUGACAAAAAGACAUUUUGAGACUCAUUGGGAUAAAUACACUAGUACAAAUGAAGAAAUGGUCACCACUACGCAUGGAUGUAGAGCAGGAAAGUCAUCGACUCAGUGGAUUACAAAAGUUGUUUGUUGUUGUGUUGAAUGGCAUCUUAUCGAUACCUAUAGAUUUGCCAGGAACACCAUUCAACCUCGCCGUAAAAGCUUCCAUACUGAUAAAAAAGCAAAUCACAACUAUGAUCAAAGAGAGGAAGCUCCGUCUGCUAUCUCAUGA